AAAAUAAUUAAAAAUAUGCAAAUUAGGGCAAAAUCAAACAAUAAUAACAAUAAUCGAACCGCACUCACCGGCCGUGAAAGCUUAAUCCGAUUAAUCGGGAAACGCCGCCGAUUCCUCCCCAAUCGCCAAUCCCUUUUAUCUGCUCCCAUUCAGGUAUUUUCGGGUGCGGUGAAAGAUGAAAAUGGAGUAAAAGGGGGAGAUUUAGUAGUAGCAGAGGAAGGUAUUUGUGGAAAUGGAAAUAAGGUUGGGAGUUUGGGCGUUGAGAAGGUUAGUUGUCCGGUUUGCGGAAAUAAGAUUCGAGGUGAAGAGUAUACGAUUAACUCUCAUUUAGAUGCAUGUUUAAAGAGAGGAACGAAACGGAAGUUAAGCCAGCAGACGCUUCUUCAGUUCUGUUCUAGAUCCAAAUCUCCUGUUUCACUUACCAAUUUAGAUGACACAAAGACAAACUCAAAUAGUGAUAAUGACGUAACUGGUUCAAGAGAAGUAGGUAUUGAGGAAACCGACGAUAUCAUGUCUGAGACAUCUUCAAGUCCAGACAGUGUUCCGCUUGUGCAUACAGAUGUUUCAGCAGAAACCUCAGUGUUUGAGGACAUAGUUACCAUGGGUGUUAUAACUGAAAUUAAUGAUGGGAAGGUCAACUCCCCUUCACUGAUCCCUGAAAUUGAGGUCUGUGAAACUGACAGCCCCAAUUCAGAUGAUGAAAUAUCUGGAAAGUUGCUUGCAACCUUCAUUGUUGGCCGAAGGUUCAGUGAAUUAGAAGAAUUACACGCAGAAGAUAAAAUAUAUCUUUGUCGAGAUCCUGAAAAUACCAAGGACCCUAAUGCCGUUAAGGUUCUUUCUUCAGAAUCUGGAUGCAGCAAAAUGCUUGGUUAUAUACCUCGAGAGCUAGCUGAACAUUUGUCGAAGUUAAUGGAUAUAUUUGGCUUGAGAUUUGAGGGUUGUAUUGUGUUGGUUCCUGAACAUUCUCAUGCUGCUGUCCCAAUUCAGAUUUGGUGUCGGGAGAAAAUUUCUACUACUGAAUUAGAAUGUGAAAAAGUUCAGGUUUUCAAGUCGUUGUGUCGACAUGUUAUAAGCGCUGCCAGUUUAAGUGAGGCAUUCCCCCUUGGCAUGGUUAAGUACCAACAUAAUUUUUGUCUGCUGCUACAAGAGGUUCUAAGAACCGCUCCUCAUGUUUUCACAUUUGAAGAAAAGACGUUUUUAGAAAAAUUUCUCUUGCUUUCUAAUGAUAGUCAAAGGCUCUUUAUUCGUCUUUAUACACGGAAAGGGCCAUGGUUUCGGAUGUCUAAUAUUUCUUAUGCUGAAAUACUGGACUAUCAACUUUCAGUGAAGGAACUCUCGGAAGCAGGUUAUGUUUGUUUCGUUGAAACCAUAAGUGAGUUACAUGAAGAUGAUUUGGAAGGGAUCUUGAAUGUUCUUACUGUUGGUGAACUGCGUGAAUUGUUAUCAGUAAUUGAUAAGAAACGUAGUCACACUUCACGAAAGCAGGAUUCCAUAUCCUCACUUCUUUCUGCAUUUGGGAAUGGAUCAAGGUUACUGCUAAAUAAAAUGGUAUUGGAGAAAACAGGCUCCUUUAUUCGUAUUUCUUUAGCAGCUGACUCCCUAAUUUGGCGUGUUGAGAGGCUUUUCUUCUGUAAUGGAGAGCAAGAUCUGUCAGCAUUUUUACUCGUGGAUAUGGGAAUUGUGAAAUAUCCAACUUACAAUUGUGUUGUCACUGACCAGAUAUUUUCCAGCCGGAAUGAUCUACUAUCUUAUGAAGAGGCUCUUGAAGUGGCACAGGUCAUGGAUGAAUCUCUUGAAGAAGAUGAUUCAUCAAUGGUCUUGAGAUGUAUUGCAGUAUCUGACUCUCGCAUAUCCACUUCUGCCAAAGAAAGAAUGCAAUUCUCAACCUCUAAACAAUUGUCUGCACCCUUUCCAUGCUUUUCAUCUUUAUGGAUCUACUCCAAGGUGGUUCUGUUAGGUGUUUCUUUUCUUGAGUCUGAACGUAGGUACAAUGAUGCGAUAGAGUUACUUAAGCACCUUUUGCUUAAUUUUGCUGAUGAUAGAAGAAGGGGUUAUUGGACACUGAGACUGUCCAUUGAUUUGGAACAUCUGGGUCGUGUCAGUGAGAGCCUGUCUGUUGCUGAAGUUGGUUUAGAGGAUCCAUGGGUUCGUGCUGGUUCAAGAAUAUCAUUGCAAAGGCGAGUACUUCGACUGGGAAGACCUCCAAGACGCUGGAAAGUUCCAAGCUUUUCAGAGUCUGUUAAAAGGAAGAUCCCUGAGGUUCAUGUUCACGGUAGGCCACUCAACUGCAAAACUGGGACCAAGAGCCGGUUUUAUGGUGAAGAUGGAGAACAAUGUGGGGUAGAGCAGCUUGCUUUGCAGUAUUAUGCGGGAGAACAAGGAGGUGAAUGGCAAGGCGUUCAUUCAGAAAGUGGCAUUUGGCUGACUGUUUUCGGACUUCUUAUGUGGGAUGUCAUCUUUGCAGAUAUGCCAAAUGUCUUUCUUACCAGAUUUCAGACAUCACCCUUAGAUUUAGACACUGAUUACUUUUAUGAAGCUAGGAAAAGCAUUAUAGAACCUCUACUAGUAAAGAUUCAGGAAGGCAUGGCUGAGGAAAUCCUUAUAACUUCGUGGGAGUCCCAUUUGGGAACAUCAUGUCAAGGUGUUAACUGGAACCGACAUUCAUUAACUGAACUUCGAGCGGUUGUGUCAUGUAUAGGUGGCGGUUGUCUGGCUUCCAUUUGUCGACACCUGGCACAAGAUUACAGGAGUUGGUCUAGUGGCAUGCCAGAUCUGCUGUUGUGGCGUUUCCACUCAGAUUAUAGUGGUGAGGCCAAGCUCGUUGAAGUCAAAGGCCCCCGUGAUCGUCUUUCUGAACAACAACGUGCAUGGCUUUUGUUCUUUAUGGAUUCUGGAUUCAAUGCUGAGGUUUGCAGGGUGAAUCCUCCUAUUCCCGAAACCAAAUAAGAUUAUUACAUAUUUUUUGGUGGUUUGGCCAAAAUUAAUUAUACCUGCCAAACCAUAAAAGUUUGUAUGGUUUGGUUGGGUUAGCCCUCAAUUACUCUGCCAAUGGGAUUGGGAGUUUAUCGGAGGGGUGUAUUUGUAUUGGAUUACAGAAUAGAGCAUCAAACCAGCUAUAUAAUUAUAGGCCGAAUUGAAUCAUUUAUAUUUAGAUUACAUUUUUGAUAGUUUCAUGUAUCAUGUACAGUAUGUAAAUGUAAAAUGUCUCAUUGAUAGUACCAUAUUAGGAAAGGAGACGAGUUUACCCACUUUGUAUUUUAAUACUUGUACUAAUCAGUUAAGGGGCUGUUUGGUUCA